AGGUGCGGGCAAGAAGUACUCGGUCUCAGGGGGUUAACUCCAUCAGGUCCAGGCUUUGAUGCCGACCGCCUAUCGGAGCUGACUGUGGCUUGCUCCAAUCAGGCAAUGGGGCUAUGAUGUAAUGAGCCGGAGACUGGGAACUGGUCCGGAGACAAGGAGCUGGUCCAGACACAUCACUCUCUGCUUCUUUGGAGGCCGGCAGCUGCGGUUGUCGUGUGAACCCCAUCCUCCGCUGUUCUCCGCUGUGGUUUGAGUUCCAUUUCGGUCACCAUGUCGCUGUCUGCCUACAAGAAGAAGAUGAAGGAACUGCCCCUUUUCAACCUACUCUGCUCCUGCUUCAACCCUGAACCACACAGUAGAACUCUCUACAAGUUUGACGAUCCAGCUGACCAGAACUGGUGCUUUAUCUCUGACAUGGAGGUGAAGGAGCUGAACAAGCGAUCAUCUGGUCUGUCCUUCGAGGUCAUCCUGAAGCCGCCAUCCUUUGACGGGGUUCCAGAAUUUCACACGGCACUCCCAAAAAAACGGGACCCGUCCCUGGAGGAGAUCCAGAAAAAACUGGAGGCAGCUGAGGAAAGGAGGAAGUGUCAGGAGGCGGAGCUGCUGAAGCAUCUGGCUGAGAAAAGGGAACACGAGCGGGAGGUGAUCCAGAAGGCCAUUGAGGAAAACAACAACUUCAUCAGGAUGGCCAAGGAGAAGCUGGAGCAGAAGAACGAGAUCCAGAAGGAGAACAGAGAGGCCCACCUGGCGGCCAUGUUGGAGCGGCUCCAGGAGAAGGACAGGCGUUCAGAGGAGGUCCGAAAAAAUAAACGUCUUAGAGCCAACGCAGAGCGAUAGAGGACUCUGGAUUCGGGGUGACUCCAGUCUAAGCUUCUCAUCGAGCGUUUAUUUGUAAAUAUUUAUUCUGAACAAUGUAGGCAGCCAGUUAGAGGGGGGAAAGACAGUGAUUCUCAGCUCGGGGGCAUGUAAACAAAUGCAAAAUCAAUUCCUCAUGCACCGUUCAGCUUGUUGCUUGGUCGUGGCCUGUUCUGGUCCAGCCCGGGUCAGGUUCAAUCCAGUCCUGGCCCAGUCCGGUCCAGUAUUGGCCCUGCUCCGGUCCAGUGCGGGCCUGGUAUGACCUAGUCUGUCCUGUUUUGUCUCCCUCUGGCCUGGCCUGGCCUGGCCUGUCUGGUCCAGCAUGCCCUGAUCUCUUAUCUGUGAUCAUCGCUGCAGUAAGGAUUGAAACCCUUUUUUUUACAUUCAUUCCUACAACGUUUCCCCAUUUUAAAUGGAAUUCCAAGCUAUGGAAAGCACAAACCUGCCCCACAUUCAGUGCUGUGUGUGUAGAGGGGUUGUCCCUGUCUGAGGUGUCUCAGCACCCUCUCUUCUCACGUACGACCAUCUCCCACCACCCUCAUCAGCUUUGAUUUAACCCUUUGCUCUCAAGUUGGUAAUAGUUUAAAGGCAAAACCUCUGUCCCACACUCUCCUCCAUGGACUGAAUAAGCAGUCCUUCACUCUGCACCAGUCUCAGUCCCAGUCCCACAGCAUCCCCUCCUGAGUUUCCCCAAGUCCAGACCGCUCUUUCCGAAGCAGAAUACACAGUCAGGAAACCUGAAACAGAUCAGUAACACUCCUGGAAAGUUAGACACAAAGUGCUGGAGAAACUCAGCGGGUCAGGCAGCAUCUCUGGAGAAAAAGAAUGGCUGACAUUUCAGGUCCUUUCUACACUCCUGGCGUGUCCCCUGCUUCUCUCUCUGCAGUCGCUGCUCGGUUUGCUGAGUACGACACCCAUUCCUUCUAACCAGAGAUGCUGCAUAUCCCGCUGAGUUACUCCAGCAUUUUGUAUCUAUCCACUUUUUACCCUCCUGAUUUCCUUAAGUAUACUACUGCCUCCCCUUCUGGUGCUAGGGACAAAUGUUCCCCAGAGAAUGAUUCUUUAUUGGUUUCUAGGUAUCACAAAACAUCAAAAAACCAAAAGUGUUUAUUUGUUAUAUGCACCCGAUAUAGACAAUAGGUGCAGAGGUUGGUCAUUCUGCACUUCGAGCCUGCACCGCCAUUCAAUGUGAUCUUGGCUGAUCAUCCACAAUCAGCAUCCCGUUCCUGCCUUCUCCUCAUAUCCCCUGACUCCGCUGUCUUUAAGAGCUCUAUCUAACUCUCUCUUGAAAGCAUCCAGAGAACCAGCAUCUACCGCCUUCUGAGGCAGAGAAUUCCAUAGACUCACAACUCUUUGUGUGAAAAACGUUUUCCUCAUCUCCGUUCUAAAUGACUUACCCCUCAUUCUUAAAAUUGUGGUCCCUGGUUCUAGACUCCCCCAAUAUUGGGAACACGUUUCCUGCCUCCAGCGUGUCCAAACCCUUAACAAUCUUAUAUGUUUCAAUGAUAUUCUCUCAUCCUUCUAAAUUCCAGAGUAUACAAGCCCAGCAGCUCCAUUCUAUCAACAUAUGACAAUCGUGGCAUCCCAGGAAAUAACCUGGUGAACCUAUGCUGCACUCCCUCAAUAGCAAGAAUGUUUUUCCUUGAAUUUGGAGACCAAAACUGCACACAAUGUUCCAGGUGUGGUCUCACUAGGGCCCUGUACAACUACAAAUGACCUCUUUGCUUCUAUACUCAACUCCUCCUGUUAUGAAGGCCAACAUGCCAUUCGCUUUGUUCACUGCCUGCCGUACCUGCAUGCUUACUUUCAGUGACUGAUGAACAAAGACCCUCAGAUCCUGUUGUACUUCCCCUUUUUCCAACUUUUUUUUUCUUCUUUUUUUUAUGUCUGCUAUUAUUUAUUUUGAAAGUUAAGAUUUGGGUUUUUCCAACUUGACACCAUUUAGAUAAUAAUCUGCCUUCCUGUUUUUGCUACCAAAGGCGAGAACCUCACAUUAAACUGCAACUGCCAUGCAUCUGCCCAUUCACCCAACCUGCCCAAGUCACCCUGUAUUUUCAUAGCAUUCUCCUCACAGUUCACACUGCCACCAAGCUUUGUGUAAUCUGCAAAUUUGCUAAUGUUACUCUGAAUCUCUUCAUCUAAAUCAUUGAUGUAUAUUGUAAAUAGCUGUGGUCCCAGCACCGAGCCUUACGGUACCCCACUAGUCACCGCCUGCCAUUCUGAAAGAGACCCGUGAAUCCAGCUCUUUGUUUUCUGUCUGCAAACCAAUUUUUUAUCCAUGUCAGCACCCUACCCCCAAUACCGUGUGCUUUAAUUUUGCCCACUAAUCUCCUACAUGGGACCUUAUCAAAUGCUUUCUGAAAGUCCAGGUAAAUUACAUCCAAUGACGCUCCCUUGUCCAUUUUCCGACUUACGUCCUAAAAAAAUUCCAGAAAAUUAGUCAAGCAUGAUUUCCCCUUCGUAAAUCCAUGCUGACUCGGAUCACUCCUGUUACUGCUAUCCAAAUGUGUUGCUAUUCAUCUUUUAUAAUUGACUCCAGCAUCUUCAGCCACCACCAAUGCCAGGCUAACUGGUCUAUAAUUCCCUGUUUUCUGUUUCCCGCCUUUCUUAAAACAUUAGCUACCCUCCAAUCCUCCAGUACCCUGGGAUGCAGACCAUCAGGCCGUGGGGAUUUAUCAGCCUUCAGUCGCAUCAGUUGACCCAACACCAUUUCCUGCCUAAUGUGGAUUUCCUUCAGUUCCUCCAUCACUCUAGAUCCUCUGGCCACAAGUACAUCUGGGAGAUUGUUUGUGUCGCCCUUAUUGAAGACGGAACCAAAGUACCUGUUCAACUCGUUUCCUUGUUCCCCAAAAUAAAUUCACCUUUUUCAGUCUUCGAGGGUGCAACUUUGGUCUUAACUAAUUUUAUCUCUUCACAUACCUAAAGAAGCUUUUACUAUCCUCCUUUAUAUUCUUGGUUGGCUUACCUUUGUACCUCAUCUUUUCUCCCCGUAUUGCCUUUUUAGUUAUUUCUGUUAUUCUUUAAAGGUUACCCAAUCCUCUGGCUUCCCGCUGUUCUUUGCUAUGUUAUACUUCUUCUCUUUUUUUUAUACUGUCCCUGACUUCCCUUGUCAGCCACAGUCGCCUCUUACACCCUUGGAAUCUUUCUUCCUCUUUGGAAUGAACUGAUCCUGCACCUUCUAUAUAAUUCCCAGAAAUAUCUGCCAUUGUUGUUCCACUGUCAUCCUUGCAGGGGUAUCUUUCCAGUCAACUUUGGCCAGCUCCUCCCUCAUGGCUCCAUAGCCCCCUUUGUUCAACUGUAAUACUGACACCUCCGAUUUACCCUUCUCCCUCUCAAAUUGUAGAUUAAAACAUAUCAUAUUAUGGUCACUGCCGCCUAAUGGCUAUCUCAAGUUCCCUAUCAAAUCCGGUUCAUUACAUAACAAUAAAUCCAGGAUUGCCUUCCUCCUGGUAGGCUCCAGUACAAGCUGCUCUAAGAAUCCAUCACGGAGGCACUGUACAAACUCCCUUUCUUGGGUCCAGUACCAACCUGAUUUCCCCCAUCUACCUGCAUGUUGAAAUCUCCCAUAACAACCGUAGCAUUAUCUUUAAUGACAUGUCAAUUUUAACUUUUGAUUCAACGCACCCUAUAUCCAGGCUACUGUUUGGGAGCCUGUAGAUAAGUCCCAUUAGGGUCUUUUUACCCUUACAAUUCCUCAGUUCUAUCCAUACUGACUCCACAUCUCCUGAUUCUAUGUCACCCCUCACAAGGGACUGAAUUUCUUCAUCACCAACAGAGCUACCCCAUCCCCUCUGCCCACCUGCCUGUCUUUUCGAUAGGACGUAUAUACCCUUGAAUAUUCAUUUUCCAGCCCUGGUCCUCUUGCAGCCAUGUCUCUGUAAUUCCCACAACAUCAUACUUGCCAAUUUCUAACUGAGCCUCAAGCUCAUCCACUUUAUUUCUUAUACUUCACGCAUUCAUAUACAUCACUUUGGCUUCAGUAUUCACCUCCUCUCUCACACCGGCCACCAUUGGCCCUGACCUUACUCUCUUAUCCCUUCUCGAACUUUCUUUCCCAUUCAUUCAGGAUGCUUUUGUAACUUUUCCUGUGCUCACUUCCCCUUUAACUCCAUCUUUAUACUCCCAAUUUGUCAAUCCCACCACCUCACUUUUUAGUUUAAACCCACACGUGUAGCACUAGCAAACCUGCCUGCCAGAACGUUGGUCCCCCUCCAGUUAAGGUGUAACCCGUCCCUUUUGUACCAGACAAAUGAACCAGAACAAUGAAGUUCUUACUACUACAGCUUUACAGGCAUAUUAGAUGCAAUUACAACAAUAUAUAUACAAUACAUUAUUAUUUAUUCGAAGUAAUCCAGGCUUUGAGAGUAUGAAAACCAAACCAUGUAGAAUAAUCAUAGAAGUGCAAAGUCCAUAGAGGCUGGGUGCUGAGGUAGGGGGAGGGGGGGGGGGGGGGUAGUUCAAGACCUUGAUUGAUGGGAAGGAGCUGUUCCUGAACCUGGAUGUCAUGGGAUCUUGGGCUCCUGUAUCUUCUUCCGUAUGGUGGCACUGAGAGCGUGGCCAGGGUGAUGUUGGUCUUUGAUAUUAGCUGCCUUCUUGAGGCAGUGCUUCCUGUAAAUCCCUUCGAUGGUGAAGUGGUCAGUACACAUGGUGGACCAGACAAUAUCCACCAUCCGCUGCAGUCUCCUUCGUUCUUGAGCAUGCAAAUUUCUGAAUCGUGACGUGAUGCAACCAGUCAGUAUGCUGUCCACUGUACACUUGUUGAAGAUCGCUAGAGUAUUCACUGACAAGAUGAAGCUCUGACAAAGUAGGACAUUGGUGAGCUUUCUUUGUGAUUUAUAUCGAUGUGCUGGACCCGGGACAUAUUAUCAGAGAGAUGCAUCAGAAGCUGUUAACACACCUCACCGUCAUCCCGCAAAUGAAGACAGGUUCACGGACCCUUGGCUUUCCCUUCCUGAAGUCAAUCGGUUGCUUGCCUUGCUAACAUUGAGAGCAAAGCGUUCUGGCACCACUCGAGUAGAUUAUCGAUCUCCCUCCUGUACUCUGACUCAUCGUUACCUGGUAUUUGUCUUGUGACUGUGUCGUCAGUUGAUUUAAAUGUAGCAUGGGAAUUGUGCCUGGCUAUACAUUCGUGGGUUUAGAGAGAUUAGAGCAGGGGGCUGAGCACGCAGUCCUGAGGUGCCCCAGUGCUAAUGGUCAGUGAGCUGGAGUUUCAUUGCCAAUCGAUACUGAAUGUGAAGUUGCAUUGGGACGAGCAGAGGCCCAGUUCUCUGAAAUUGAUGAUGGAGCUGGCCAAGAUGAUGGUGUUGAACGCCAAACUGUCGUCAAUGAACAACUGCUUGAUGGACCCGUUGCUGUUGUCCAAGUGAUCAGGAGCAGAGUGCAGAGCCAGCAAUAUUGAUACCACUGCCGGCCUGUUGUGGAGGGAGGCGCGUUGAAUGGGUCCAGGCCACUAAUGAGGAGGAGUUGAUCCCAUCGUAACCAACCUCUCGAAGUACUUCAUCACAACGGCCGUGUGCGUCAGUGAUUGCUAGUCGUUGAGGCAUGCCAUCUUGCUCUUAGACACCGCUUUGAUGGAUAGACUUUUAAAAUAGGUUGUGACCAUGGACCAUCGUAUUGUGAUGUUGAAGAUAUACAGUACGUGAAACCUCCGGCCAGUUGGUCCGCACUGGUCCAUACUCGGCACACAUUUGGGACAAUUGAACUUUUGGGUUUUUGGGGGUUGUCAAUGUUUUACUUGCCAUGUGACACGCACUUACACAUAAAUAUACACAAUUACCAGCUACUCUUGAGAGAAGCGCUUCAAAGGUACACCACUCCGUCAAUAUUGCUCCUGCGUAGCACUGCAUUCCUUCAGUAAUGCCCCUCUCACAGAACGGCACUCCCUCACUGCCCUUCUGAUGGCAUUCCCUCAGUACUGCUCCUCCCACAUUGUUGCUCUCCCUCAAUACUGCUCCUCCGACAGUGCGACACUCCCUCAAUGCCCCUCUGACGGUGUGGCACUCCCUCUACUGCCUCUCCUUCAGUACCGUCCCUCCCACAGAGCAGCACUCACUCACUACUGCCUUCCCCAACAGUGGGCACCCUCACCAAUCCUCUGACAGUUCUGCACUACCUUGCUGCCUCUUUGACAGUGUGGCAAUCCCUCUGCACUGCCCCUUCCUCAGUGCAGCACUCCCUCGGUACUGCGCCUCUGGCAUACAGCACUGUUUGUAAAGCGGAUUUACAAACCAGCGAUCAGUGUGUUCAUGUAAGUGCUCACUCUCUCUCCAUCUCAUGCCUGUGCAAAUCUGUUGAUUCAUCUCAAUAAAAGUAUUGUCUGGUGACCUGA